AUGGUGUGGAUACAUGGCGGAGGCUUUACAGGAGGAACAGCUAGCGAUACCACAUUCGACGGCAGUGCCAUGGCGUCUCGUGGAGAUAUUGUUCUUGUUACAAUAAACUAUCGAUUGUCUACGUUGGGCUUUCUGGCACUCAGCAACACUUCGUUGACAGGAAACUACGGGCUUCAUGACCAGAGCAUUGCGCUUGACUGGCUUCACGCGCAUAUUGAGGACUUCGGAGGCGACAAGGACAGAAUCACUGUUUUCGGGCAGAGCGCAGGAGCGGCAUCGGUUAGAGCUUUGCUUGCAUCACCACAAGCGCGGGACAAGGUCCGUGGGGCGAUUAUGAUGAGCACACCACAAGGCGUAGAAUACGCGUCCACGUUCUCCAGGUACCUGACGAUAGAAGAAGCUACAAACCGAACUGCGAAAAUCAGCACCGAACUAGGAUGCGAAUCAGUGACGGGUGAACACCUCGUUGCUUGCUUACGAGAAGCAGACCCUCUUGCUUUGGUAGGCAUCAGGAACGGCUCACAACCACCUGGGACUGUUGCAAGAUACCCCGUUGUCGACGGUACAUUCUUGACGAGCACAGCCCUUCCUCUCGGUACAUCGGCACCCAAAUUCAAUAUCUCCAUAAUGUCCGGAAUCAUGCGUGACGAUGGCUCACCUUUCACCUCGUAUCCCACUUCGUCCAACAUAUCUGCUGUACUAUCCUCGCAAGGCUUUCCUGCCUCCGCCAUUCUUUCUUCGGACUCGUUUCCGUUGCCUCACGAUACGAAUAGCACUCUACGCAUCUUCAACCUCACAUCCCGAGUGGCCACGGAUGCAAUGUUCAGGUGUCUAGCACAAAGCACAGCGCAUACUGCUACGAAGAACAGGGUGUUCAAGGGAGUGUAUAGCUAUGAGUUUGAUAGGGCGUACCAAAUUGAAGAAUGGAGUCCCAACCCCCCAGCUUGCGAAGCGCCAGUCACAAAAGGGUAUCCGUUUGGUGAUCCUAACGCACCCUGUGGGUCACCCAACCAGCCCGAAGAACGGCUUUCGACGUUGAAAAACAUUACUGACUUAUUCGCAAUACAGUCUACAAGUGCCAUUCGGGCGAGCUCCUGUCCGUUUUUGGCACCACCAUCUCCCAAGGGCGGCCACCGCGAGAUCAAGAUGACAUUCCAUUUAGUCAGUACAUUGUAG